AAGCAUGCAGCCAGGAAAAAUGGUACUACUCAACAAUUCAUUAAUUAAAUAUAUAUAUUCCGUAUAUACACACGCAAAAGCGAAGGAAAAUCAAGUUUCAUGCACGCCUUAGUGUUCUUCUUCUUCUUCUCCCUUGGUAGUGGUACUAAUAAUAAUAUUAUAGUAUCCAAAGAUGGGAGCAGUGGAAAUUAUACAACCGUGGGUGAAGCUAUCGCGAAUGCCCCGGAUUUGAAUCCCGAACUUUACACAAUUCACGUUUUAGCAGGCAUUUAUGAAGAGUACAUUCUCAUUCCACCUCACAAGAUUAAUAUUAAGCUCCUAGGAGAUGGUCCAAACCACACAAUUAUACUUGCUCACCAAAAUGGUUCCACCAUAGACAUCCGUGGAGAAGGAUUUAUGGCACAAAACAUGGGAUUUGUGAACUCGGCAGGGCUAGAUGCAAGCGCUGCAGUGGCCGUUCGGAACGAAGCAAACAAUAGCGUAUUCUUUCAAUGCUCCAUCCAAGGAUUCCAAGACACUUUGUGGGCGGUUUCCGGUAGACAGUUUUACAAAAAUUGUGAUAUCUACGGCACCGUCGACUUCAUCUACGGCAACGCUGCUGCGGUAUUUCAAGAUUGUAUGGUUUACGCACGCUAUCGACAGUACGUGACAUUCACCGCUCAGUCACGUGAGGAUCCAUAUGAGAACACAGGUUUCACAUUCCAACGUUGCAAUUUCAGCAUGUCACCUGAGGAUGAGGACAGAAAAUCAGAGGUGUAUGCCACCUUGGGUCGUCCAUGGAGGGCCUAUUCAACAGUUGCUAUAUUACAAUCUUACAUAGACUCCAUGGUGGAUCCUAAAGGUUGGGAAGAGAUGCCGGGCCAGCCCACCGAUAAGGUCACCUAUGUGGAGUUUCAGAAUGUUGGGCCUGGUUCUAACACUUAUGGUAGAGUGGAUUGGCCUGGUGUAACACUCCUUACCCAUCCAAAUCAAGCACUACCUUUCACUGCUUCCUAUCUCUUAGAUGCUGACUCUUGGAUUCCCUCCAGAGGUGUUCCUUACGAUAAUGGACUAUAGUAUUCUUUUCCCCUAUCCAAUUUCAAAAGAGUACUAUACUCCUUAGUCUUACUUUCAUGCUGAUGGGGCGAUGUCUUAUUAUCGCAAGUUUACUAAAAAGUUUUAUAUAUUUUUUAAAAUUCUCUUAUUUCUAGAAAAAUAAAAAAUCUACAAAAAUUGAUUAUCUUACUAUGACAUUCACCAAUACUAAAUAGUUUGAUUGUGUGAUUGCUUUUUUUAUAUGAAAUAUAUAUUUUUAGACUUGUACAUAUGUAUUUUGAUUACAAGAGUUCCAUUCAAAUAUCUCACCACUCUAUCUUUCAUGAAUGCACAAAUUUUUUAUUGAGA